AUGCCUUGCCAGGAACGAUUUUUAAGUGAAGGAAAUGGCGAAAAUAGAGUAGAGAUAAUGAGGAAUGUGGAUUUCUCUGAAACCCAUUUCCCAUUUCAUCUUCAACCAAGCGUGUCAGGAAUUCAAGAACGCAAUAUCAGAAUUUACAACCUUAGAGAAUUCUCGUCGUCCGAUAUUAAAAAAGAGAUUAUGCCAGCUACAAUGUAA